AUGGCACGCCAGAUUCCAUUCAUCUCAACAGUCUACCUACAUUGGAAUAUCAUCGGCCCAGCGGACUGCAACGGAGUCCGUAUUCAGGACGAGGUCUUUGAAAUACCUUGUCGCCACACCCGUGAAAAUAAAAUUGCAAGGGAAACCGAAACCCAUGACAGUAGCACACAACCCGCCCCGGAAUAUCUUAAUCAGCAGCGACACCUACGCAAAGAUUGUGGCGAUGCCGCGGCUUUCGAGAUCAUCCAAUACAUUCCAGAAGGACCCCCUGACCCAGAAGUAACCGACGGAUCCAAACCGAGCCGGAGCAAAAAGGAUGUACAGAAGACACUAUCAAGAUUCAUCAGCUUCAUGGACGGUCUGCCCAAAUCGAAAAUUUGGGAAAAUUGGGUGUCGGCUAUUGAUAAAACUCGGCGAGGAAAUUUCCUCAGGGCACUGGUACAAAAUUGUGGCUCGAGUACAUCGAGCCUUGCCUCACUGGGAACAACGAAGGAGUUGGCAGACAUGUCAUCCACCUUGACAAAUGUUUUUGUUUUAUCUGAAUACGCCAGCUUUAUGGGUUCUUACGGUAUUGUGAAUCAACAGCUCACAUGCUUUCUAAAUAUGGUGUUUGUUUCCCUUUGUGCAGUUGCAUUGGAAAAUAACGAGGACAAAGAUGGCGUCUGGGCGGUGAUGCGGAAAGUCCUCGGAUCGGAUGCUUCUUCAAAACAGCUUGGCAGACUUGUUCGCGGCGCAAAAUGGGCGAACGGUCUCGUAUCGCUCUUUUUGAAGACAAAGUGGGAAUCUAGAAGCUGGGAUAUUCUUUGUGUCGCCCAGCAUCCCGUCAGCUUUUACGCCCGGCUAAGCGACUGUUCUGUGGAUAAAAAGGAGAUAUUGGAGAAAGUGGGAACUAAUGUCCAUGAUAGCUCCUUUAUGUCCGGAUCCACAGGCCUGCCGGCACCCUUUGCAAUCCCUUUGAUCGUAGAAAGGGUUUUCAAGAACAACAAGUCUCUGAAAGUGAUUUGCAAAUGUCUGGGCUACGAAGUAUCUUCUGUCAGGUCUUAUCAGACGCCCUUCAACAAAGCCCUUGGUUACCAUUCCGCCAAAAAGAGGCCGGCGUCGACACAGUUAAAGCCGUCGAAAAGGCGUUGUCCUGACUUUCCACCAGAUAACGACGGCCAAAGAAGCCAAAUUAGCCCUCUUCGUGCGGCCAAUACAUCAGCUAGUGGCCUCCCACCAGCGGAUGGGGGAUCCAGAAUGCCUGCACAGGCAACGAUAGAUGUACUGGAAUUGGCACCAGCCCAGAGGAUACAAUCAGACUCCGGUGAUGCCUGGCCGGCUUCGGUCGCAAUAAAUGCUGGCAAUGUUUCUAUUGGCUGUCCCUCUACAAGUCUUUCGCUACCAAUGGAUAUGCAAAGUCAAGCAUCGCCCACGAAUCCAGCAAGUAAUUACAUCCCAUCUGCGGAUUUGACUACUCCACCAUCUUCUGCAAUUUCUCAUAGCGAGAAUGCAUUUCUAAAUUCAUCCUCUGAGUUUAAUGCGCGCACAAUGGAUGCAGCACUGUUGAGCUGUGAGACAUACAGCCAGCCCGAGCCUACAGCUACAGGAGUCUUGCAUAUCAUAGACGGAGGGCCGCCGAUAGACACGAAUAGCGCAGACUGGCAACAAUCCUCCAUCGACAUUAAUGGCGCCGCUCUCUCUGAAUCGGCUUCAAGAUCGCGGCUCACAGGGUCUAGUACAUACGAUCAGAGGGUUAUCCCAACCAGUGAUGGCGGGAAUCUCAACCUUCACAAUGAGUUGUACACACUAUUUGACCAUGACUUCACGUCAGCUGCGCUUCCAGACGCUAUGUUAUGGAGGCUGUUCCCUCCUGAAAAUGACCUAGAGCAGGCACUCUGCCUACCUCAUUAUCCUUUGUAA